AGCAAAAUUAGUUAAAAGGUCUUUUUCGGAAAAUAAAUUUUAGUAAUAUCUACAAAUCCAACCUUUUGUACAUAGUGUAGAUUUGACGAUGGGUGUCAGCUCAUAUUUUACAGUGUCUGGAAUGACCUGUGGUUCAUGUUCAGCUUCCAUAACCAAUAUUGUAUCUGCCAUUCCGGGGGUGGAUCUGGUUGAUGUUUCUUUGAUAACGGAAGAAGCUAAAGUAGUCCACAGUGAAGCAGUUCUGGAAUCCGAUAUUAUUAGUGCUAUCACUGGAUGUGGGUUUGAUGCCACUCCAAUAAAGUCUUUGGGUAAAUCCAAACAGCAAUCGAAUACUUCACAAAUAUCAUCAACUAUCAGCAUUUCAGGAAUGACUUGUGGAUCCUGUUCAGCCACUGUCACUGAAGCUCUUGAGAAGUUGCCUGGAGUAUCACAGGCUUCAGUAUCGCUAAUUACUGAAGAAGCCAUGGUAUACCAUGAUUCAUCGGUUACAAGUGCUACAAUAUGUGAGACAAUUGAAAACUGUGGGUUUGAUGCUAAACAAAUAAAGUCGGGUACUUCCUCUCCGAUGAAUACCAUUACUAAUAUUGCUAUUGGAGGUAUGACUUGCGCCUCGUGUACAUCAGCUAUCACAGAUGCUUUAGAAGGCAAUAAGGAUGUUGUUCUGGUUUCCGUGUCCCUUUUAACCGAAGAGGCUUCAAUUACUCAUCAUUCAUCCCUUACCUCAUCCGAAAUCAAACAAAUUAUAGAAGAUUGUGGAUUUGAAGCAACUAUCCAAUCUCUGGGAACUAUUGAACCUUCCCUGGGCAAUAAUGUAGAUGAAUUCUUGGAUGAUGACAUUCUGCUUCAAAUAUUUGGUAUUGAUGACACAGUUGAUCUUAGCAACUUUCAAUAUAACAUUGAAGCCCGUCUCAAUAGCUUUCCGGGAGUCAUUGAAUACAACCUAGCAUUGAGAGGCAACUCAAACACUACAUCUCCAAUAAUAACCGAAGCUAACUCGUCGGCUGUGCAAGAAGCAAGAUCUGAAUUUGAUGAUACAAAUAGUAACAUUAUUGAUGAACUCUUUAUCUCGUACUAUCCAGCACAGAUUGGUGUUAGACAAAUAGUUGAUGAAUUGAAUUCGAUUUUAGAAAAUGUCAUGUUUGUUCCAAUUAAUGCCAUAGAUCAGGCAUCUUCUUCUCAAUUAAAAUUACUUUCGAGAGAAAAGGAUAUCACAUAUUGGCGGUGGACUCUUUUCCAAAGUCUUUUAUUUGGGAUCCCGGUUAUAUUUAUGGCACACACACAACACUGGACUUUUUGGAAGAAUUUAUCAUUAAUUCCUGGGUUAUACCUUGUUUCUUUACUUGAGUUGAUUUUAACCUUCCAUGUUCAAUUUCAUCUUGGAAAAACAUUUUUGAAGAAGUUUGCAAUUUUUGUCAGAAAUAGAGGUAAAAAUGCAACUAUGGAUGUACUUGUUUGUAUUUCUACAACAAUUUCCUUCACAUUUUCGAUUCUUUCCAUAAUUUUGUCUGUUUGGUCUGGUCAAAAUGUGAAACCGCCGAAGGUAUUAUUUGAUACCAGUUGUAUGUUGAUUUCGUUUAUAGCACUUGGUAAAUGGUUGGAAAAUAAAGCAAAAGGUGCUACGUCUAGUGCCUUGUCGAAGUUAUUGUCCUUAACGCCAACAAGUUGUUCAAUCGUUCUUGAUGUUGAAAAGUAUAAUGAUCUAGUUCAAUCUCAAACGAAGCAAGAAGGUGCUAUUAAUUCGAACACCACCGUUUUUGCAGAUGUUGUUACAAAGGAAAUCGCAAUUGAUUUAAUUCAAGCCGGAGACAUUGCCUUGGUUCUUCCAGGUGGUAAAAUUCCUGCUGACGGUGUUAUUAGUUUGGGGCAAUCAGAAAUAGAUGAGUCUUUUAUUACGGGUGAAGCAUUGCCAACUUUUAAGCAACGUGGUGAUAAUGUCAUUGGAGGUUCGAUUAACGGUGCUGGAUUAUUGUAUAUUGAAGUCAUUCAUACGGGUAAAAACUCACAAUUGCAGCAAAUUAUUAACUUGGUUAAACAAUCACAAGUAAAUAAGGCGCCAGUGCAAAGGUUUGCCGACUAUAUUGCUUCUAGAUUUGUACCAACUGUAUUGGUUUUGGCUACGACAACGUUCACUGUUUGGGUCAUAUUAUGUUCGGUGGUGCAUCCUGAUAAGUUACCAGUUGCUUUUACUAUGGAAGAGAAUGGUAAGGUUUUUGUUUGUUUGAAAUUGGCUAUCUCUGUUGUUGUUGUUGCGUGUCCAUGUGCCUUAGGUUUGGCUGCCCCAACAGCGAUUAUGGUUGGAACUGGAGUUGGUGCCGAACAUGGAGUCUUGAUCAAGGGAGGUGAUGUCUUAGAAAAUGCUAGUGAUGUCAAUAUAAUUCUCUUUGAUAAAACUGGAACUCUUACCACUGGUGAAAUGAAUGUUUCCAGUUACCAAUAUCAAUCUAAAGAUAUCAAUGAACAACAAUGGUGGACUUUAAUUGCGUCAUUAGAAACACAUUCUGAACAUCCUGUGGGGCGUGCACUUGUCAAGGCUGGCAAGAAACAAUUGGGAUUGAACUUCAAAGAAGAUACAUUUGAUUCAUCCAUUAGUAACUUUAAAGUGAUGCCUGGUUUGGGGAUUCAAGCUUCAAUUACAUUGCCCGGACAUGGUAAAGUAUAUGACGUUUGUGUUGGUAAUGAUAGAUUAAUGUUCUCUGAAUAUGGUCUGAAAUUAAUUGGCGGUGAAAACGCUAUGAAAAAUAGUGAAUCGACUGAUACUGUGGUUCAUGUCAUUAUUAACUCGGUUUAUUCUGGUCUGGUAUCAUGUACUGAUAAGGUGAAAGCUGGUGCUCGUGAUGUUAUUGAUUAUUUACAAUACGUUGAGAACUACAAAGUUGGAAUUGUUACUGGUGAUAACAAGAGAGUUGCUGCAAAGAUAGGAAAGGACUUGGGGAUUCCUGAAUGUAACAUUUUCAGUGAAAUCUCUCCAGUGGAUAAGGAUAAAGUAGUCGUUGAUUUAAGAAGUAGAUUUGGUGGUAAGGGAAAUGUUGGUAUUGCCUUUGUGGGUGAUGGUAUUAAUGAUGCGCCAGCAUUAGCACAGGCUGACGUUGGGAUGGCUAUUAGUUCAGGCUCGGACAUCGCUAUUGAAUCUGCCGAUAUUGUUUUGCUUGGAGGGAAUUCAGCAAAGACUACAGAUCUUACUGGAGUCCCCGUCUCACUCAGUAUUUCCAGCGCUACUUUCAGCAGAAUUAAAACCAACUUUGUGUGGGCUGCUGUUUAUAAUCUAAUUAUGUUACCAUUUGCCAUGGGUUGCUUCCUUGGUUUCAACAUCAUGUUACCACCACUUGCAGCUGCUGGUGCCAUGGCUAUGAGUUCUGUUAGUGUUGUUAUUAGUUCCUUGUUGCUUAAAAGGUGGAAACCCCCAGUUAUCUACUCUGCACUGCCAAAAGAAGAAGAUAUUGGUACCCCAUUCAGUCUCAAAACUUCAACUCUAGAAGAGUUUAAUAGAACAAAGAGGAAUCAAAAAUUAUUCCAAAGAUUUAGGGAGACAAACUAUUCUCGGUCUCAUAAUUAUGAGAUGCUUCCUACUAAUUGAUUUAAUUCAAUUUAAUU